AUGUCCAAUACCUCGUCCCAUCGUCCGUUUUCCCUUAACCACGGCACCAUCGAACACACCUUCUUGGUGCCAAACGACUUGUUCUUCAACUACUCCCAGUUGAAGGACCAGUUCAUCAGAACCUUGCCUGCCGUCACCGAGGGCUUUGCCGACGAUGACGAACCUGCCUCCCCUGCCGAGUUGUUCGGUAAGUUCUUGGGGUUCAUCGCCUCGCUUGUCGACCCAAAGAAACCAGGCCAAUUUGACCAAAUACUCAAAUUGUCCUUGCAAGACUUUGACUCCACCUUCUUGACUGGCUCAACCGAUAUCCACUCCUUUGCAGUUCUGUUGUUAUCGGAAGAAAAAUCCGCUUACCCAACCACCCCCGCCAAAAUCAAAGAAAAUGUGGUCAAGCACUACUACACCGCCUUAAUCAACUCUAAUACCAAAAUCGAAAAAAUCGAGUCCAACUUGUUGUACCACACCAAGACCGAUGCUAAGAUGGUGGCUAUUUUCGGUGGUCAAGGUAACACCGACGACUAUUUCGAGGAAUUGAGAGAAACUUACAAGUUAUACAGAGGCCUCAUCCACGACGACUUAGUUGCUCCAAUCGCCAACAGAUUGACCCAGUUGAUCAAGAAGAACUCUUCGGAUCUCGACAAGGUCUACACCCAAGGUUUGGACAUCCUUUCUUGGUUGUCCAACCCCGACAAGACCCCAGAUCAAGACUACUUGCUCUCUGUUCCAGUCUCUUGUCCUAUGAUCUGUACCAUCCAAUUAUGUCACUACGCCAUCACCUGUAAGGUUUUGGGCUUAACUCCUGGUGAAUUCAGAGAUUACUUGGCUGGUGGCGGUUCAACCGGUCACUCUCAAGGUCUUGUCACCGCCGUGGCAAUCGCUUCAUCUGACUCUUGGGAAUCUUUCUUGGAAAACGCAUUGAAGGCGGUUUCUCUUUUAUUCUUCAUUGGUGCCAGAUGUUUGACCACUUACCCAAGAACCACCUUGCCACCAACUAUGUUACAAGACUCUCUUAACAACGGUGAAGGUAGACCUUCCCCAAUGUUGUCAGUCAGAGAUUUGUCCAUUGACCAAGUCAACAACUUCAUCGAGCAAACUAACAAGCACUUGCCUCAAGACAAGCAUAUUGCCAUCUCUUUGAUUAACGGUGCAAGAAACUUGGUUGUCAGCGGUCCUCCAGAAUCUCUCUACGGUUUCAACUUGAACUUGAGAAACAACAAGGCUCCUAAUGGUUUGGACCAAUCUAGAAUUCCUCACUCCCAAAGAAAGUUGAAGUUUUCUAACAGAUUCUUGCCAAUCUUCGCUCCAUUCCACUCUCACCUUUUGAGUGAUGCCACUGACUUGAUUUUGGAAGAUAUUGCCAAUGAAAACUUGAGCUUCGCUAAGGCUGCAAUCAAGAUUCCAGUUUUCGACACUUACAACGGUCAAAACUUCCAAUCAUUUGAUGAAUCCGAAGAAAAGAUCACCGAUAGAGUUGUUAAGUGUAUCACCCAAUUGCCAGUUCACUGGGAAGAUGCUACUAACUUUGAAUCCACUCAUAUCUUGGAUUUCGGUCCAGGUGGUGUCUCUGGUUUAGGUGUCCUUACUCACAGAAACAAGGAAGGUACUGGUGCCAGAGUUAUCAUUGCUGGAACUCUUGACUUGGUUGCCAUUGAUGAUGAAUAUGGAUUCAAGCAUGAAAUCUUCCAAACUACCGCUUCUAAGGCCAUCAAGUUUGCUCCAAACUGGUUAAACGAGUUCCAACCAAAGUUGGUCAAGACCAAAGAAGGUAAAACCUACGUUGACACCAAGUUCUCCAAAUUAUUAGGUAGAGCUCCUCUCAUGGUUCCAGGUAUGACUCCAACUACUGUCAACCCUGACAUUAUCAUUGCAUCUAUUAAUGCAGGUUACCACAUCGAAUUAGCUGGUGGUGGUUACUUCAGUGGCCCUGGUUUCGAAGCUGCCAUUCAAAAGAUUGUUAACAACAUCAAGCCAGGUUUCGGUAUCAGUGUUAACCUUAUUUACGUUAACCCAAGAAUGUUACAAUGGGCUAUUCCAUUAAUCAAAGAUUUGAGAGAAAGAGGAUUCCCAAUCCAAGCUUUGACCAUUGGUGCUGGUGUUCCAUCGAUUGAAGUUGCUUCUGAAUACAUUACUGACUUAGGUUUGACCCAUUUGGGCUUGAAGCCAGGAUCUGUUGAAGCCAUCAGUCAAUGUAUUGCAAUUGCCAAAGCUCACCCAACCUUCCCAAUUGUUUUGCAAUGGACCGGUGGUAGAGGUGGUGGUCACCAUUCCUUCGAAGAUUUCCACCAACCUAUCUUGCAAAUGUACUCCAAGAUCAGAAGAUGUUCUAACAUUAUCUUGGUUGCUGGUUCUGGUUUCGGUUCUCACGAAGACACUUACCCAUACUUGACAGGUUCCUGGUCUAAGAAGUUCAACUACCCACCAAUGCCAUACGAUGGUGUUCUUUUCGGAUCUAGAGUUAUGACCGCCAAGGAAGCCCACACUUCAUUGGACGCUAAGAAGUUGAUCGCUCAAUGUGCUGGUGUUCCUGAUGACAAGUGGGAACAAACCUACAAGAAGCCAACUGGUGGUAUUAUUACCGUUUUAUCUGAAAUGGGUGAACCAAUCCACAAGAUUGCAACCAGAGGUGUUAUGUUCUGGAAGGAAUUGGACGACACUAUUUUCAACUUGCCAAAGAACAAGCGUGUUGAAGCCUUGACCAAGAAGAAGGACUACAUCAUUGAAAAGUUGAACAAGGACUCCCAAAAGCCAUGGUUCGGUAAGAACGCAAGUGGAGUCUGUGACUUACAAGAUAUGACUUACCAAGAAGUUGCUCUCAGAAUGGUCGAAUUGUUGUAUGUCAAGAAGUCUCAAAGAUGGAUUGAUGUUUCUUUGAGAAACUUUUACGGAGAUAUCUUGAGAAGAAUCGAAGAAAGAUUCACUACUGUUGCCGACUCUGUUUCUUUGAUCCAAAACUUCUCCCAAUUGCAAGAAAACCCAGCUCAAUUCACUACUGCCUUCUUCAACAAGUUUGAAUUGGCCAAGGAACAAUUGAUUUCUGAGGAAGAUUGUGACUACUUCUUGACUUGUGCUUCCAGACCAACCCAAAAGCCAGUUCCUUUUGUCCCAGUCUUAGAUGACAGAUUCGAAUUCUUCUUCAAGAAAGAUUCUUUAUGGCAAUCUGAAGACUUGGAAACUGUCAUUGAUGCUGAUGUUCAAAGAACCUGUAUCUUACACGGUCCAGUUGCUGCUCAAUACACCAACAAGGUUGACGAGCCAAUUGGUGAAAUUUUGGACAACAUCCACGAAGGUCACAUUGCUGCUUUGAUCAAGGAUGUCUACAAUGGUGACGAAUCCAAGGUUCCAGUUGUUGAAUACUUUGGUAGCAAAGAGCCAGUCAAGUUUGACUCUGCUAUCUCUGGUGUUAAGAUCACCGAAUCCUCUAAGGACAAGGUUGUUUAUGAGAUUGGCUCAGUUGUUCCUGACGCCAAUGAAUGGUUGCAAUUCUUGGCUGGUGACAAACUUAACUGGUUACAAGCCUUCAUUUCUACUGACAGAGUUGUCCAGGGAUCCAAGCACGUUUCCAACCCAGUUCACGAUAUCUUGAAGCCAGCUGCCAACUCUGUUGUUGAAAUUGCCCACCCAGGUGACGAAACUAAGACUGAAGUUACUGUCUUUGAAGGAAUCAAGGGUGACUUGAAGCCAGUUGUUGAAAUCAAAUUAAUUAAGCAAAACACCAUUCAAUGUUCUUUAAUCGAACACAGAACUUACGACUCUAAGCCAAUCGCUUUACCAUUCUUGUUCACCUACAACCCUACCGAUGGUUUCGCUCCAAUCUUGGAAGUUAUGGGUGACAGAAAUGAUAGAAUCAAGGAAUUUUACUGGAAAUUAUGGUAUGGUUCUGAAGUUCCAUUUGACUUGGACUUUGACGCUCGUGAAACUAUCAUCGGUGAUGAGGUUGCCAUUACUGGACAAGACAUUUCUGAAUUCACUCAUGCUAUCGGUAACAAGUGUGAAGCCUUUGUUUCUAGACCAGGUAAGCAAAGUUUGGCUCCAAUGGAUUUCGCGAUUGUUGUUGGAUGGAAGGCUAUCAUCAAGGCCAUUUUCCCUAAGAGUAUCGAUGGUGAUUUAUUGAAGUUGGUUCAUUUGUCUAACGGUUACAAGAUGGUUCCUGGUGCUUCUCCAUUAAAGCAGGGCGAAGUUAUUACUUCCAAGGCUGAAAUCAAGGCUGUUCUUAACCAAGCUUCUGGUAAGAUGGUCGAAGUUGUCGGCACUCUUUACAGAGAAGGUGAGCCAGUAAUGGAAGUUACUUCCCAAUUCUUGUACCGUGGUGAAUACAGUGACUACGAAAACACUUUCCAAAAGGUCGCUGAGACUCCUGCUCAAAUCUCUUUGAACUCCUCCAAGGAUUUGGCUAUCUUGAAGUCCAAGGAAUGGUUCCACUUGGAAGAGGAUGUUGAAUUACUCAAUACCGUUUUGACUUUCAGAUGUGAAUCCACUUACCAUUUCCAAUCUGCUGAAAUUUAUUCCUCCAUUGAGACUACCGGUCAAGUCUACUUAGAAUUGCCAACAAAGGAAGUUAUUCAAGUUGGUGUUGUUGAAUACGAAGCUGGCAAGUCAUAUGGUAACCCAGUCACUGACUACUUGACUAGACACGGUAAGACUAUUGAAGAAGCUGUCACCUUUGAAAAUGCUAUUCCAAUUUCUUUCGGUGAGGAAUUAACUUCUAAGGCCCCAGGUACCAACGAGCCAUAUGCCAAGGUUUCUGGUGACUACAACCCUAUUCACGUUUCCAGAGUGUUUGCUGAAUACGCCAAGUUACCAGGUACUAUCACACAUGGUAUGUACUCUUCUGGUUCCAUCAGAUCUUUAGUUGAAGAAUGGGCUGCCAACAACAUUGCCUCCAGAGUUAGAGCUUUCAAGUGUGAUUUUGUUGGAAUGGUUUUGCCUAACGAUACCUUGCAAACUACUUUAGAACACGUUGGUAUGAUCAACGGUCGUAAGAUCAUCAAGGUUGAAACCAGAAACGUGGAAACUGACGCUCCAGUUUUGGUUGGUGAAGCCGAAAUUGAUCAACCAAUCACUACUUACGUUUUCACUGGUCAAGGUUCCCAGGAACAAGGUAUGGGUAUGGACUUGUACAAGACUUCUGAAGUUGCUCGUGAUGUUUGGGACAGAGCUGAUCGCCACUUUGUUGACAACUAUGGUUUCUCCAUUCUUGACAUCGUUCAAAACAAUCCAAAUGAAUUGACCAUUCACUUUGGUGGUGCCAAGGGUAGAAAGAUCAGAGACAACUACAUUGGUAUGAUGUUCGAAACUAUCGGUGAUGAUGGUGAAGUCAAGUCUGAGAAGAUUUUCAAGGAAAUUGACCACACCACAACUUCUUUCUCUUUUGUUUCUCCAACUGGUUUAUUGUCUGCUACCCAAUUCACUCAACCUGCUUUGACCUUGAUGGAAAAGGCUGCGUACGAAGACAUCAAAUCUAAGGGAUUGGUCCCAUCUGAUGUUAUGUUCGCUGGUCACUCUUUAGGUGAAUAUUCUGCUUUGUCCUCCAUUGCCAAUGUUAUGCCUAUUGAAUCUUUGGUUGACAUUGUUUUCUACAGAGGUAUGACCAUGCAGGUUGCAGUCCCAAGAGAUGAGUUAGGAAGAUCUAACUAUGGUAUGGUUGCCGUUAACCCAAGCAGGGUCAACCCAACCUUUAGUGAACCAGCUUUGAAAUUUGUUAUUGAAGAAAUUUCUGGAAAGACUGGUUGGUUAUUGGAAAUUGUCAACUACAAUGUUGAGAACCAACAAUAUGUCGCUGCCGGUGACUUGAGAGGAUUGGACACUUUAACUAAUGUCUUGAACGUUAUCAAGUUGAACAAGAUUGAUAUUGUCAAGUUGCAAGCUACUUUGUCCUUGGAUGAAGUCAGAGGUCACUUGAAGGAAAUCAUCACCGAAGUGGCUGCCCAAUCUGUUGCUAAGCCACAACCAAUUGAUUUGCAAAGAGGUUUUGCAGUCAUCCCAUUGAAGGGUAUUUCUGUUCCAUUCCACUCUUCUUACUUAAUGUCUGGUGUCAAGCCUUUCCAAAGAUUCUUAUGCAAGAAGAUUCCACAAUCAUCCGUUAAGCCAAACGACUUGAUUGGUAGAUACAUUCCAAACUUGACUGCCAAGCCAUUCGAAAUUACCAAAGAGUACUUCCAAGAAGUUUAUGAUUUGACUAAGUCCGAAAAGAUUUUGUCCAUCAUUAACAACUGGGAAUCUUACGAGUCAGCAUAG